GGCCCGGUCCUGAGCGCCCCGCCAUGGCUCGCGCCCCCAGCCCGCUCUGCCUGGCGCUGCUGCUGCUCGGGGCGGUGGGCAGGGUCGGCCCCCGCCCCCAGGGUGCCACUGUGUCCCUCUCGGAGACAGUGCAGAAAUGGCGAGAAUACCGACACCAGUGCCAGAGAUUCCUGACUGAGGCUCCCACCCCAGCCACAGGUCUGUUCUGCAAUCGGACCUUUGAUGAGUAUGCCUGCUGGCCAGACGGGCUGCCAGGCUCGUUCGUGAAUGUCAGCUGCCCCUGGUACCUGCCCUGGGCCAGCAGUGUGCUGCAGGGCCGGGUUUACCGAUUCUGCACAGCGGAGGGCCUGUGGCUGCGCCAGGACAACUCCAGCUCGCCCUGGAGGAACCUGUCAGAAUGCGAGGAGUCCAAGCCAGGGGAGAGAAGCUCCCCAGAGGAGCAGCUCCUGUCCUUUUCCAUCAUCUACACAGUGGGCUACACGCUCUCCUUCUCCGCUCUGGUCAUCGCCUCCGCCAUCCUCCUGAGCUUCAGACACCUGCACUGCACCCGGAACUACAUCCACCUGAACCUGUUUGCAUCCUUCAUCCUGCGAGCCCUGUCCGUCUUCAUCAGGGAUGCGGUCCUCAAGUGGAUGUACAGCACGGCCCCCCAGCAGCACCAGUGGGAUGGGCUCCUCUCCUACCAGGAUUCUCUGGGCUGCCGCCUGGUGUUCCUGCUCAUGCAGUACUGCGUGGCAGCCAACUACUACUGGCUCCUGGUGGAGGGUGUGUACCUGUACACACUUCUGGCCUUCUCCGUCUUCUCCGAGCAGCGCAUCUUCAGGCUAUAUCUGAGCAUAGGCUGGGGUGUUCCCCUGCUGUUUGUUAUCCCUUGGGGCAUUGUCAAGUACCUCUAUGAGGAUGAGGGCUGCUGGACCAGGAACUCCAACAUGAAUUACUGGCUCAUCAUCCGGCUACCAAUUCUCUUUGCCAUUGGGGUGAACUUCCUCAUCUUUAUCCGGGUCAUCUGCAUUGUGGUGUCCAAGCUCAAAGCCAAUGUCAUGUGCAAGACAGACAUCAAGUGCAGACUUGCCAAGUCCACACUGACACUCAUCCCUCUGCUGGGGACCCACGAGGUCGUCUUUGCCUUUGUGAUGGACGAGCACGCCCGGGGGACGCUGCGCUUCAUCAAGCUGUUCACAGAGCUGUCCUUCACCUCCUUCCAGGGGCUGAUGGUCGCCAUCUUGUACUGCUUUGUCAACAAUGAGGUCCAGCUGGAGUUUCGGAGGAGCUGGGAGCGCUGGCGGCUCAAGCACUUGCACACCCAGGGGGACAGCAGCAUGAGGCCCCUCAAGUGCCCCACCAGCAGCCUGAGCAGCGGGGGCACCGUGGGCAGCAGCGUCUAUGCAGCCACCUGCCAGGCCUCCUGCAGCUAAGACCCCCGCACCUGCCCUCCCUGUGGUCUCGCUGCUGGCUGGCUGGCUGGCCAUCCCAGGAGGAGAGAAAAACCGAUUGCUGCUGAACUGAGGAGGAUUUCUUCCCAUGAAACCACCAGGCCCCUGGGGUACCCCAAGACAGAGCAGCAAAUCAGCCCCGGACUCGCACUCAAGGUCAAUGGCUUAUUAGCGGGAUUGCGGCAUGCGAGAGAAGAGGCUCGUAUAACCCAGCCACACAGAGCUGAGGGAACGUGAGCCAACCCUGCUUGCCUCCGGUUGGGUCACCGUCCCCACCACCUCCCCGUGAAGGGAUGCUUCUCCCACGUCUGUGUUGCUUGUUCACCUUGCCUGGUCAUCUCACCACCCAGCUUCUUGGCGGGGGCUUUGUCUGGGCUUCCAGCGGCAGCUAUUUCUAGAAGUGGCUGUGGGUGGUGCUGGGCGUGAAAGCUGAGAAGGUACC